AAGCAUUUAGCAUUUAUUUACUUACAAUCAAAGCUGAAUUUAAUUUAAUAAAAUCAAUAUAAUUUACCAACGAGAACCUAGUUUCACUUCACAGAUUUGAAAACUAUUUGUAUGAGUACUUAGUUUCCAGAAAAGUAAACAGUAAAAGUCUAUAUUUGAGUUUAAAAUGAUAUCUCGUGUACAUCAACUGAAGAAGAUACUAAACAAUGUUGAAAAAAACGUGCUACAAAUUUUUGGAUUCCCACCCAGAGAGUUGGCCAUGGCAUACACAUUAGAAAAACGAUUACCACAGCCAAAAAAAUUUACCAUAAAAGAUAUUGUUGGCGAUGGGAUCCUAUUGGCUGUGCCUAAAUUCAGAAGAACUGUGGAAAAAAGGCUGAAGAGAAAAUUUGGCAGUCCCGAUUAUGUCUGGAAAAUGCUAAUACCAAAAACAAACAUCAUUGUAUGCAACAGUUGUGGACACUACCAUGAGCGAGGCUAUAUCUGUGGUCAUUGUUACAAAAAAGUUGAAGCAGAAACAAAAGAAAUUCAAGAUAAGAUCCAGGAAAAAUUGGGGAAUCUAAAACCAAUUGAGAAUGAUGUAAUUGUUUUAUACAAUGGAGAGAAUUUGCCAGAACAGCCUAAAGAGUUCUGGCAAGGGAAAAGGAUAAUUGAAAUGAAGAAAGAUAGACCACAGUGGUUCAGUAAAAAUCUUUUGCAGAAAUCAACACAGCAGCCAUCAGAAUCAAAAGAUGUUAAGCCUACUGAUUUAGCUUAAAAAAAGGAUAUUGUUAAAGUAGAAAGUGUUUAAUAUAAUAAUAGUGAAAAAAAAAA